AUGCCUCCCAAGUUCGACCCCAAUGAGGUGAAGGUUAUUCACCUCCGUGCUACCGGUGGUGAAGUCGGUGCUCAGUCUGCGCUGGCUCCCAAGGUCGGUCCUCUUGGUCUCUCCCCCAAGAAGAUUGGUGAAGAUAUUGCCAAGGCCACUGGUGACUGGAAAGGUCUCCGUGUCACUGUCAAGCUCACCAUCCAAAACCGUCAAGCCGCCGUCUCCGUUGUCCCCUCUGCUUCGUCGCUUGUCAUCAAGGCCCUGAAGGAGCCCCCUCGUGACCGCAAGAAGGAGAAGAACAUCAAGCACUCCAAGUCGGUCCCUCUGGAGGAGAUCAUCGACAUUGCCCGCAUCAUGCGUAACCGCUCCCUGGCCAAGGAGCUCCGCGGAACCGUUCUCGAGAUUCUCGGAACUGCCUUUUCCGUUGGCUGCCAGGUCGACGGCCGCAGCCCCAAGGAUGUCAGCGACGAUGUCAAGGCUGGCGAGAUUGACAUUCCUGAGGAGUAA